ACUCAACUGUCAGUGCUGUCAGAGAAUUCACCUAUUCCGAAUGGUUUUUAGAAUUGUCUUGAGCUGGGGAAAGUGAUAAAAAUUUAAGAUUUGUUGAAAAUUGUGUGCAUAUUCCGAAUUUGUUUUUGGAAAAUAUGCAAGAUAUAUCAAAAUAUUGAUAGAAGUGUAAUAAAAUUACGUGCGAUUCGGUGUAAUGCGUAAAAUAGGAGUAAAGGAAAAGUGACUGUUGUAAGACGCAGUCCAGCGAAAAGGAGAAAUUUUGAUGACGGCUAAGAGCGUGUGCGUGUAUGCAUUUGCGUGUGUGUUAUGUGGUUGUGCAUGGAAAAACAGCAAAAUUAAAAGCAAAGCAAACGAAGUUUGUGCGAUAAGAAAAUAUAUAAAAAUAUUUAAGAUGUAUUAAUUCCAAAACUUUAUUAAUAAAAGUUCUUGGAAAUGAUUUAGUGAAUGGCUAUUUGAAUAUAAAAAACAUUUUAAGAAUUGUUGCUAGUGCUAUUCAGCGUGAACUUGAUCUAAUUGGUGAAAACUAGAACAUUAGCCGUUAAUAAUGCCUUCACGCCAACGCGGGGGCGUCAUAUUUCUCUGCUUAUGGCUUCGCAAAAUAUGAGUGCUUAGGUUGCGACUUUAGUCCAAACAUUUGAUUUUUAAUGGUGGCUGUCAUGAAACCUGAUUUCUGAGGCAGAUGUGUAUGGGGUUGUAAACAGGAAAAUAACAUCAAUGGCCCAAAUCCAUCAAAAUACCAACAACAGUAGUACAAUUAAAGAAACAGCAAAAGCAAUUGCAGAUUCGUCGAUACAUAAUCACAACGUAGGUGCAAGUAAUUAAAUAAAUUUAUUCUACAAGAAAAUUUUCAGAGUAUAAAUUUCGGACGCUUUUUUUCUGCUAUCCAUGUCAACAAUAUUGCCCAACAAUCAGUAAUUUCAAGGCAUAGAGUUCGGUUUAUAGCAGCCUUCGUAGUUCAGUGGCAGCGGUUAUCGCGAAUCAACACCCGCACAACCGCACAUUGUCUAGCAGAAAUCAAGAAACCAAAAGUAUAAUAAAAAAAAAAUAAAAAAUUGCCAACAUGAGUUCAACUGUGCACGUAAAUAGCGUCACUAUCAUUACCAGCAACAGCAAUAGCUAUAAUCACAAUAACAGCGUAAACACCAACAAUAUUGCAAACACCAGCAACAGCAAUGUGAAUAAUACGAACAGCUUGCCCGCCUCCGCACCCGCCGCUACGAACUAUACAACAACUACGCACAUAACGACAAAUAGUAACGCAGCAGUUUCGAAUUCAACGGCAGGAGGGGAAUCGGCAAAUACGCCGCUGAUGACCAACAAAAUCAGCAGCAAAAACACAACGGCUCUCGAUGAUCAAGAAGCGUUGCUGCAACGUGCAGCCGAUGAACGUGAAGCUAUUUUCAAUCGCUACUCGCUCGGUUUAGAUCCUAAGAAUGUGGUCGACCCUUGGGAGAAUCCCACAUAUGAGCUAUAUCAUAUUACAGAUAAAUAUGGCUUCAUGCACGAUUCCCGCCUGCCCGACACCCGCGACUCGCAGGAACUGCAGCGGACCAAAAUCGAAUUGGAGCGCGACAAGAAAUGGGUAAAAAUGCUUACCAAUUGGAAUGUGAACAUCGAAAAGGUGCGACGACGUGUCUUCAAAGGUAUACCAGAUCGCAUGCGUUGGCCAGCAUGGAAAAAGUUGCUGAAUGUUGACGAAUUGAUUGAGGCAAAUCGUGAUACGUAUGCGUCUAUGUUAGCAUUGGCGCGCAAAUACUCCACCGAGGUGCGACAAAUCGAUUCCGAUGUGAAUCGGCAAUUUCGUGAUAAUCUCGCCUACCGCCAACGGUAUAGCGUCAAACAGUGCUCCCUAUUUAAUGUGCUAAAUGCGUAUAGUAUAUACAAUCCCGAAUUGGGUUACUGUCAAGGCAUGGCUUGUUUGGCCGGUGUGCUAUUGCUCUAUAUGCAAGAGGAGGAGGCAUUUUGGGCGCUCAAUCAAUUGAUCAUUGAUCGUAAGUAUGCCAUGCAUGGCUUAUUCAUUGAGGGCUUCCCGAAAUUGACACGCUUCCUUGAGCAUCACGAUCGGAUAUUGUCGAAGAUGAUGCGUAAAUUACAUCAGCAUUUUAUGAAGCAUAAUGUCGAUGCCAUUCUGUAUUCGAUCAAGUGGUUCUUUGUGAUUUUUGUGGAGCGGAUACCAUUUAGUUUAGCUUUACGCGUGUGGGACAUUUAUCUGCUGGAGGGUGAGCGUGUCGUCAGCGCCAUGGCCGUCACCAUACUCUAUUUGCACAAGCACGAUUUGUUGCGUCUCAACGAUAUGGACUCAAUUAUUGAAUAUUUGCAAGUGAAAUUGCAUAAGAAUUUCGGCUACAACGAUGACUACGUAAUCGAGGCACUCGAACGUAUGUUGAAGAAGUUAAAGGAAUUGAAAUUGGAUAUAGCUCCACCCCCCAAGGCGAACGAAUUUCCCGCCCGACCGUUGGGACAAUUCUUAGAAGCUGAUAUUGAGAAGAAGAUUGGUCGGCGACGUUCCGAAUAUACCGAUACGGAGAAACAAGUUAUAACUGAUGUGAUAUUAAGAUCUGAGCAAAAUGCAGUAGAAGUACAAUCAACAAUGUCGUAUGAGACAUCUGAAUGCGCUACGGUAACGCUAAACGUACCCGAGGACUCGCACUCAAUACGAAGUUCGCUUGCAGGUACUUCGGUGGCCUCGCACGGUUCAUCGGAUACAUUCUCGCUGGAAGACAAUAAUAUUCACUUAAAAACGGCAAAUGCUUUACAAAAUACGCCACAACGUGAUAUGUUGCUACUGAGCACCACCUGACGACAGGCAAAUCUGGCGGCUGUGACAGCAACAACGUCAACGUCAUGCACAUCCAUAACAGCGGCCACAAGUUUGGCUGGUACAUCAAUUACAACAAUUACUUCCACAUCAUCGGCUUCGGCAACACCAACAAAACAUUUUACAUCGCCCUCUGCAACACCACCACCGCCACCAACAACACCAACACCCACUCCAACGCCAACACCAACGCGCCAACCAACAGUAAUACUCGCCGCGGCGCCAACGUCAACAGCAGCAUCGCCCUUACGACGUGCAGGCGGCGCUGCGGCGUUGCCAAUUGGAUAGCAGCAACAUCAUCAUCAAGUGACGCAAAAAUUAACCGGUAUUUAUCAUAUGCGUUCACCAAAUGGCACAAUUGUCGAAGAAGAUUGUGUCUAAGAGCAAUUCAGCAAUUCGAAAAUUAUUAGAAUUAGCUAUAUUGAAAGUGCUUUCCAUGCAAAGAAGGAAUUAAGAAAAUAUGAAACGUUUGAAAACUUUCGUAAUUUUGUCACCACUUAACAAAUUUGUGAACUUCUGGUAAAAUAAGCUAUUCUGACUUAUUGCUAUCUGUGAAUCCGAAAACUGAGGUUUUUAGGCUUGCUAUAUGAAACGGAAGACGUUGGUAAAGCGACCGCAGUUGAAUUGGCCAAACAACGCGAACAGUUAGAGAAUACAUCA